AAUACCGGGUAUAUAUAGGAAAUGAAGACUUGCGAGUGGCACAUUUGGAGACCUACAGCCUCAACAUGAAGACCACGUUUGCUGUUGUCGUCGCAGCCGUCUGUCUUGCCGUCUCCCCAGGGGAUGCAGCCUCGCUGGAGGGAGCUUUCGUGAAUGCGACACGGAUCAUCCCUGCUCCCAGCAUAGCAUACUACUCCGUGAAUGGGACAGCCAUGAAGGAGAUGAUGAUAGCCGCUGUCUCUUCUUACCUUGCCAACAUGACGGACGGAAUCGGCUUCCAGACAGCCAACGCAGCCCGGUGGACUUUCAGGUCGAUUCGCAACAUGCAGGAGGGCAUAGAAUACGCUGUUAACAACAUCCAGAGUGGAGUCAAUGAUUCAUUCGACAACAUCCUGCCAGUGCUGGCCACAGCCUACCGCAACUUCUCUUCUGCUGUCAAGGGUGGCUUGAGAUCCACGAAACACUUCAAUUCACAAGGGAACUUGAGAACAGGUGCUGGACAGCAGAGGGACAGCGGCAUUUGGACUCUGGACGAGGCGUUCGUCCACCUGCCGGAGACAGUGGCACUGGAGCUGCAGCGGCUGCACGACUGGAUCCUCGACUUUGCUUACAUCGGCAUCUCAAACGCCACUGCCGAGCUGCCGGCUAUCAUGGAGGAACGCCGGGUGACGUCGCUGUACCCUAGAGCGGCGGCUGCCAUGGUGCUGGCGAACAGUUACCACCAGAGCUACGACCAGCUGUUCCAGGAGUACUCCAGCCCAGACAUCUACAGCGACUACGCUGCAGCUCGUGACGAACUGCUCUCCCUGGAAAUUGAGGGAAGAGCUGCAUCCAUGGACAAGGAACACGUGUUGGUUGUUUGAUCACAACAUUGCAUUUUGAGGCUGUAUACUAGGAUGUACGGAUCAAUAAAUAUCACUCAAGCACAUUAAA